AUGCCCCUAUACAAGCAAACAGCCGAGGCCGUCCACGGCAAGCCCAAGCAAGCCUGGUCGAUUGAUCCCAACUUUUUGUCAGGCACACGUCGCCAGUGCUCGUCGUUGGUUUGCCUCGUGUCCUCCGUCGGUGGCUUUGGGAAUAAGAAAACGAGCAAAAUCAAAAAAGAUAGAAAAAACUAG